UAUAUGGCUGACAUAGAGCAGCCCCCAUGUUCUGCUGCGGCCAGCUUUAACUUACCAUGAAAUGAUUGGCGACCUUUUACGAAGUCACGGAGCUUUUGACAAUCUUGCGGAAUGAAAUUUGGAAGGAGCAAUUUAUGCAUAUUUAAAAUGUCCUGGAAGAUGUCCUUCGCUGUCUUUAUGGAAGUGUGCAGUCCGUUCUAAGCCAGAAUUGGUACCUGAGGGCUACGAGAAACGUAGUAUGGUUAACAUAAUUGUGUGGGUAGCACUUACUGUUCUUCGCGCAGCUAUCGCGCUGGAAAGUAACGCAGCCCAAACACCACUGGUAAAAAGAGAUGGCACCCCUUCUGUAAAAGAGUUUGUGGAUACACAGGAACCAAUAUGGACAUGCAUUUCAACCGAAAAAACAAAGCUAUUAUGCAAAGUCGAUGUAAAAGUGAGCUCUCAUGUAGAAAAUAUUCAGUUCAAUCGAUCUUUUUACAUGGGCUAUCACAACUGGACAACGUACGCCUGCACCGGCACAUUCGACACGGGAAACCAACAGGAAAUGCGUGUUACAGCAAAAAAUGAACGUCAAGAUUACAAUGAGACAUUGUUGUACAGUGGAGCCAACUAUUCCUGUGGUGUCUUUAUGGUGCAACCAGUAACCAGAUCUGACUCUACCACAUGGCACGAGCUUCGGAUUAGAAAUUCUUCAAUAAAAAGAAGGACGGAUCUGAAAUGCACUGAGCAUUUCAGAAGAGUGGCUGGAUCUGAAGGAGCUCGCAAGAUGUUCAGAAGGCAGUGCUUGCACAUGCUGCAAAUCGGCAAUGCCCCAUACAGCCGCUGGGAGCUGCAUUAGAAGAGCUCGAAGAAUGUUUCACUCUUUGCCACGAAGUUUUUCGAUGGAUAAAUUUAGUUUCGUUUCACGUGUGUUUUCGUAUGGCACAAAUUAAAUAAAUUCUCGGUGCACAUA